UCCGGGAGGAGGCUUAUGUCAUAAGAAUGGUUUAUUUUUAGAUUUUUCUGAUACCCUAGAUAAUCUAUCUAUCGAAAGGAAAUCGAAAGUAUAAGGUAGUAUUUACAGCAUUGAUUGCAUUCUGAACAUCAGAGACACGCUACCUGCGGAGAAGUAAAGGCCAGCUACCAUUUAAUUUUCGUACGUUAGUUACUUACGCAUUGAUUGGAGAUUAUGAGACCGAGUUGGGCAGAAAAUAUGCAGCCACUUGUCUUCGCCUUGAGUUUAUUAUUUUUAAAUACUGAUUUGUCAAAUUGUUUACAGUGUUUAGAUUACGAAGGAAAACCAGUUGACUGGUUUGUUGUAUACAAGUUACCAAAAUUAGAUCAAAAUAAAUCGAGCCCUAUUCUUCAUCAUGGGUUAGGUCAUUUUUAUCUGGAUGCCAAUAAUCCAGAAUUUCAACUAUCAAAAUAUUCUUUGAACUCUUCAAAUGAUGCCAUUUAUUACACUCUACAACAGAUUUACACUGCCAAGGAUGACUCAAUAUUAUAUGGUAUGUAUAAUGAUGAACCACCAACCCAAUAUGGAUCCGUCACCAAUGGCCAUACAAAAGGUGUGAUAGCAAGUAAUGAAAAUCAAGGCUAUUGGUUGGUACACAGUGUACCCAAAUACCCUCCACGUAAAAGUGAAUCUUACACCUGGCCAGAAAGUGCGACAAUUUAUGGUCAGAACUUCUUAUGUAUCACAAUUGAUUAUGAGACAGUUGACAAGAUAGGAAAGCAGUAUUUGUAUAAUUAUCCCAAGUUUUAUGAUAAAUAUAUGCCACCACAAUUUGCUGAUGACAAUCCAAAUAUGGUUAAGGCUUUUGGGAAAUUACAUGUUCAGUCUCCACCAUGGAACAACACGGCUGGUUUCAAUUCAAGUGGUGGAACUCAAUUUUACAGUUUUGCAAAGUUUUGUAAUUUUGAAAGAGAUUUAUAUGCUGCCUGGCUUGCUCCAUAUUUUAAGUCUGCCAUGUACGCAGAAACCUGGCAGGAUGGAAGAGGAAAAUUACCUUCAAACUGUUCGGCCACUUAUAAGGUGUUAAAUGUUAGAAAUAUUUCACUACCUGAAGGUAUCAAGUUUACAGAAACAAAAGAUCAUUCUAAAUGGGCCAUUACCAGAGAUGUUGGCAACUGGGUGUGUAUCGGAGAUAUCAAUAGGGAGGAACCACAGGAGAAGCGGGCAGGAGGUACUGUGUGUUUUCAAAAUAAAGAUGUUUGGAAGAACUAUAAUAACAGUAUAUUUGAAGUACAAAACUGUUCUCCUAGAUAUUCUGUUGUAAAUCUCUAAUAAAACCCCCCAGAUAUUUGUUUAUCUCCCUUUAAAAGUGGUUUUUCAUCAAAAAGUAGUGAUAUCAAGAAUGCUUAGAAUAUUACGGCACUAAUCCCGAUAGAUUAUUUUGUUUCUUAAUAAUAGCAUGUUGUUAGGUUUUGAUCAAAAAGUAGUGAUAUCAAGAACACUUAGAAUAUUCCAUAGAUUAUUUUGUUUCUUAAUCUUGAAACUACUAAUACAUUCUAUUGUCAAGACUUAACUUAAGGUGUUGAAACUAAUUAUCAUGACGAUUGCCACUUGCCAUAAAUGUGUAUCUUACUCUUCUGAUUCUAAAAAAAAGUGGUUCCUUUAAGUGUAAUCAUAAUAUAAAUAAGACAUUGUUUACCUAUAUAUUGGGGGGGGGGGGGUUGGAUGGCUGAAUGGUUAGCGUGCGCGCGCUGUAUCAUAAAGUCUGUCAUUGAGUCGACUGGCGUGGUUUCGAAUCCCCGGUUGUACGUGACAAGGAGUAGGGUCGCCUGUCCAACCUCGUGGGUUUUCUCCGGGUCCUCCGGUUUCCUCCCACUGCUAAAGACCCCUAUGCGCAAGCGAAUUAUUGAAAUAAAAUUAAACCAUAUGUUAGUCCCGAAAUGACCUAGUUUGUGUCGAGUGGACAUGAAACCCCAUUUCUCUCUCUCUCUUUGUUUACCUAUUGACUUUAGCUUUAUGUUAACAACGAAAUUGAUUAGCCUAACAUCUACCAUUGAUGAUUUUAUUGUUUUCUUAGAUUUAAGAGGGAAGAUAUUCAAAAUGCUUAUUGGAAUUAAUGUCAGAUUCAACACAUUAAUUUGUUUUUCAAGCAUUCUUUUCUUGUUUUAUAGUACUCAAGCUUAAACAUAUUUUUUUUGUGAUAUAUAUUGCAAUUCUAUUGUAUUGUACAGCACUGUAUGCCCAUACUCACUGUAAAGUUGGUAGUGUUCAUUAGCAUUACUCAUUGAUCAUAGAAAAAAUAACAAUAUAUUAGUCUCAAAAUGACCAAAAUAUUGUCUUGACAAGGUGUUAAACUCCAUUCCACUCCUAUCAAAUAAGAUGCUUUAUUGCUCACCUAGCGGACACACUUUUUAUAGUCCUACAUUUAAUAACAAAGAUACUGUUAUUGGCUAAAAUAGCCCUAUAUUUUUAUACAUUUACAUUUAAUCUUGUCACAUAUUGUAAAUAUCCAUAUAAUUUGUUUUCUCAUUCUUGGACUUUAAGCAAGUGCCAAUUUAAUAUUUUUUUGUUUCUUACUUUUUCUGAUCUGUUCUGUAAUUCAAAUAUAUACAUGGACAUUCUGAACAAAUAAUGUGGCUUAAACCAAAAUUGAUUUACAUUAAAAAUAUAUUUUGUCUUUCUAAUAGUAGUAUUGCUCUAAAGAUAUUGAAAUAUAAUUGUUCAAAGAUAAGACAUGAUUUUGGCACACCCUGUACUCUAGGUUUAUUUUGUUUUUUCAUUUAUUACUUUUAAAUAUUUAAUUCAUUUUUAUUUACUCACAUUUUAAUGAAGUUGUAUAUUGUUAGCGCAGUUAGAGGUUAGAGGCUAUAGUAUGGGUUGUGUAUUUCAUUGAAAUAGAAGAACAAUAUUGAUUUUCCUUUGUUAUUCCCCUUUGUUAUGAAAUAUUGUAGGCACCAUAUAAAAGGCUUCAAUUAUCUGAUUUUCCUGGAAUUUGUACGAUUUAACUUAUUCAGCGGAGGAAUCCUAUUGAUUUUCAGUGAUAUUGAUCACAACUUUUAAAAUGAUGUCAUUUUGUAAAAAUCUUUGAAUUGGUACGGGUAUCUCAUCCUAUUGUUGUUCAAUAUUUUUCAAAAAUCAUCUUCAGAGUUAUAUUUGUUACUAAAUCAGGUUUUAAAUUUAUAGUCUGCUAUUAUUAACCUAGCUGUCAUUUUAAAAUUUAUAUUGGUUGUCUAUCGGUGCUUUUCAUCAAAUUUUCAUGAUAACUUCUAGAGUUAUUCCACUUUGUUACAAAUUGUUGUUAACUCCUUAAAGACUUUAAUUAUGUGUAUGUGUUGCCUAGAUCAUAACUGCUUAUAGAACUAGCUGAUGGUAUGCAUAUGUUUUGUUGCCUGGCAGACUAUAUGUUUGAAAUUGAUAUGGGUUGUCUAUCUAAUUGAAACAAUUAAUUAAUAAAGAAGCCCAAAGGUUUUCAACAUAUUUCAAUAAUCACCAACUAAAUCUAUUUAGAACUGCAAUUAUGGUCAUAUUGUUCUAAAAUUUAUGCCCUUCAUUUAAAGGAGGGAUCAUAUUUUCAGUUAUAACUGCAUCAAGAGUUCUUCCCUUAAUUAGUUAUACAAAAUAUUGAUAGGCGUUUCAAGGCUUUGAUCUGAUCUUUUUGAAAUUUUGAUGGGUUGUUAGCUAUUAUUUAUUUUAUCCCAAUAGGCCUAUAAUACAGCAUACAACCAUGAAAUCUUUGAAAUGUGGAUGCAAGUAUCAAAAUUGACACUAGAAUAGCCUACUCGAAAAUCCAAGAUGGCGGUCAUUAUCAAGAUGGUUAACUUUCAGGCAACGAAAUACCACUCCAUAUUGUACUAUUUAAUCCUUUAUAUAUAUUUUAAAUUUCAUUUAAAUCAGACAAAAUUUGAAGGCUCUAUAACAAAGUAAAAUAACAAAGAAGUUGCGGUCUGAUAUAGACCAAAUUUAACUUCCCCAAGAUCUUUUGAUCCUUAACAUAUAGGGAUGUCAAGUUUCAUCUAAAUCGGACCCAAAAAUGUGGCAAAAUUAGAGGGUCCACAACCUUCGUACAUAUUUCACAAAUAUUGGUACAAGGUAGGGAUAGCCAUAAUAUAAGUUGCGGUCUAAUUCGAUGUACACAAAAAUCGAACCUAUCCGAGAUAUGUGGGACAUAAACUUAUAGGCCUAUACAUGGGCACAUAAAAAUCAGUGGGUAUAAUUCUGUGAAAGAAAACCUGAAGGUUUCAACCAUCUUGGAAAUUUUUGCCAUUUUGAAAAUUCAAUCUCAGAGUGAUUUUCUUAAUAUAUGACCCAAACAGGACAACUUUGAAAAUUUUAGUGUUUGUAUCCUGAUUUGAACAACUGAUUUGAUAUCUGCAUCACUAUAACACACAUGCUAUAGAAUAUGCUGGUUUCUAUAUUAACAUUUCUUUGCUUUAAAAUAUAUUAUUAUAUAGGCAUAUUUCUUUUGUUUUGUUUUUUUGUACUGGAAUAAAGAUUUAAAAUCUA